AUUGAAAUCGAUGUUUUUUUUUUAAAUAGAAUAAAACAAUGAUUAAAUUAUACAGAAUUAGGUAUUUGAUCCUCUGUUGCAGUAAAAUGUAUCGUAAAAACAAUUCCAAUUUCUAUUGAAGAUUCUUUGCUUUUUUUACAUUUUAUUUGAAUCGCUCCCAACUAUCAGCUGUCACUAUCUAUAAACAACCCGGAAGCCUUGCAUUAUAUAAACAAAACGUUUGUGCAAAGAUAUGGUUCUGCUUCUUGCCCGGUGAACGGUACUAGUUUUACCCAUUUCUCAACAAAUGGCCAAACGUUUUUGGCCUAUUUUUAAUGUAACCUCGCGACGAUGUUUUCGCUCAUCACGCGCUACGCAAAGUGUACCACGCAAACGAUCUAUAACCGACGGCCUUACAUUCGGAUUGACCGGUAGCAUCGCCGGCGCUGUAACGUAUGAUGGUUUGGCGAAUGGUUUCGAAAACGUACAAGGUGCACAACGAUUCCUACGCUCUUUCGCCAUUGGUCUCAGCAUAUCCUUCGAUUACGCCUGGAGCUUGAAGGGCCUUCGGGAAGGCGAUGGUCUGUACGAAGCAGUACUACCAAAGGUUCAUUUACGAUCGGCGAAAAAACUACUGGAUGGAUGCCUGGCGAAUGGUGGACUGUACAUUAAAAUUGGCCAAGGUGUAGCUGCAGUGAAUCACAUCAUACCGAAAGAAUACGUCGAUACGCUGCGCCAGCUGGAGGAUCGUUGUCUCACCCGGCAACCGGGCGAGGUGCGCUCGCUGUUCAUUGAAGACUUCGGAUUACCACCGGAGGAAAUAUUUGCCAGCUUUCAGUACGAAGCGAUAGCGGCCGCCAGUUUGGCCCAAGUAUUCCGUGCUGUAACAAAGUCUGGUGAACAGGUAGCGGUCAAGGUGCAGUACGCAGAUCUGAGGAAGCGGUUUGACGGUGAUUUACGUACAAUUAUAUUUCUUCAGAAGCUUGUUGCGCUGUUGCACAAGAACUACAAUUUUGGAUGGAUUAUAGACGACCUGCAAGGAACGCUUCGUGAAGAGCUGGAUUUCGUACACGAAGGUAAAAACGCAGAACGUUGCGCCAAAGAUUUGGAACGUUUCGACUAUGUGUACGUUCCGAAGGUGCUGUGGAACCUGACGAACGAGCGCAUCCUCACGACGGAAUUUAUCGAUGGAUGUAAAGUGAGCGAUCGCGCCUCAAUCGAAGAAAUGCAGCUUGACCUAUCCGAGAUCGAUAAACAACUGUUUACCGCGUUCGGCCAGCAGAUCUUCUCAACCGGAUUUGUACACGCCGAUCCUCACCCAGGGAACGUGUUCGUCCGGAAAGAUCCUUCCAAUAAGAAACGAAUGCAGCUCGUCCUACUCGAUCACGGGCUGUACGAGCAGUUGGCACCAGGUGUUCGGGAAAAUCUUUGCCGAUUUUGGGAAGCGAUUGUCCUACGAGAUCACGAUGCAAUGCAGCACUACUCAAACGCAUUAAACGUAGCGGAUUAUCGUACGUUUGCGGAAAUAUUGCUACAGAGGCCGCUGGAAUUGCAUGGUACGGGAAAGUUCUCUACACGACUCACUGAGCAAGAUCUUUCAUAUAUGGCAAAGCAGGCGAAGGAACAUUUUGAUCGCAUCAUGGGAACGCUCAAAUCAAUGCCAAGGAAUUUAAUUUUAAUUCUCCGCAAUCUAAACACGAUACGCUCGAUCGCACGGGAUCACGGCGAUCCCGUCGAUCGGCCGAGAGUAUUGGCUCGCUGUGCAUUGGCUGCCCUCUGCCCGUCUCGUCGCAAUGUACGCAACUUUCUGUGGGUCACUUUUCGCAAGUUACGCUUUGAGUUUCUCUUGUGGCGACAAUCAUUCCAUUAUUGGAUCGUAAGCUAUUAUCUCCGGUUGCUGACGAGAGUUGGACGAUCACCGGACACUUCGCAUCUGAUGUAUAUUAAUAUUGAAGUAUGAGCACGGCUUAGCGCAUUAUUUUAUGACGACUCAUCGGUCACAUCGGUACGGUGGAAACGAACAAUUAGUAUUACAUUUUUGUUUUUGUUCAAGAUUUCAAAUAUAUUUAAAAAAAAGUUUGUAAGUUGUAAA